AUGGGCACAGAUGAUUCGGCAAAGUAUUUGGAGAAGAUUCCUUAUAAAUGUGUCUUUGUGUCAUCGUCGAUGAAAUUAGCCGACAAUCCGGCAAGCCAACUAAGCGAAUCGGGUGAUGGAUGGGUAUCGAAAAGAGACGCAGUCGACAGCGAGGUCAUUCUUGACGCGGGCCCGGGAAUGCGAAUCCGAAAAAUUGCUGUCACACCGAAUCCACAAUAUUUACGAAAAAUCGCGAACUCCGGCGAUCGUAUGGUGAAUGAUUUCACAAAUGUGCAACGAAUCUAUUGUGAUACUGAGCAAAGGUGGGAAGAUUUCAAUUUUCAAAGAAAAACAAGUUUUGGAUGGAUUCUUUUACGGAUCGAUCAUGCGGCUGAUCAUGUCGUUUCGAAUGAAGAGAAAAGAGUUGGACUGAAGACUGUUUUGAUUUAUGGAUAUCAAAUCAAUGGUGAACCAUUGCCGAAGGAACCAGUGAAACCACCGCGUCCGAGUACCGCCGAGAGAGCGGCAAGCCGAGCCGAGCGAAGUCCAGUGAUCUCAGCUGCCAUCAUUUCGGGAACCCCUCGUUCUCCA